AUGCUGCUCGUGUACUACUCGGAAGGCGGGCUGACAUCGGUUGUCCUUCCUGCCAGCGCCGGCAAGCUACUGACGUCGCUGGGCUUGCCAGGCUGGGCAGGAAAUAUGGUUGUAGAUCUUGGUGGGUCAUUCAGUCCCUGCGAAGCUAACAACGGAGGCUUCCUCUAUUACGUUUAUCUGCUUAUGCUGCCUACGUUCACGACAAACGCGAUCAACAUCUUGGCGGGUAUCAACGGUGUGGAGACCAUGCAGGCUAUGCUGAUCGCCAUGUCUGUUGCCUUGAACGACCUACUCUUUCUGCCGAUCUGGUCGACGCGCCUCCUGCGUCUCAUUGGCGCCGGUAUCCCGGAAGAGGGCAGGUUGCUCGAUUGGGCUGCGGGUGAGGUUGUGAAGAGGCAUUUGAUGAGUCUCUACUUCAUGCUUCCUCUUAUCGGCGUCUGCGCUGGCUUUCUCUACCACAACUGGUUUCCGGCUCGUGCCUUCCCUGGCGACACGCUCUGUUACUUCACAGGCAUGGCCUUUUCUGCUGUUGCCAUGCAGGGCCAUUUCGCCAAGACGCUCAUCCUUUUCUUCAUGCCGCAGAUCUUCAACUUCGUAUUGUCAUGCCCCCAGCUGUUCCGCAUCGUUCCCUGUCCACGCCACCGUUUGCCACAGUACGAUGCGGAAACUGGCCUCCUAUCCCCGUCGCUGACCGUAUUCGACUCGCCCGCGUCGCUGAAGACACGUAUCACAUUGCAGCUCCUAGAGCUUCUCGGUCUCACGACACUCCAGCGCGCGCCCGCAGACAAGCACGAAGUCAUCGUGUCGGCGACGAACCUCACCCUGAUCAACUGGGUCCUUGUUCACUUUGGUCCCAUGCGGGAGCAGACUCUGUGUCUGAUCAUUGGCGCAAUCCAACUUUCGAGCACUGCGCUCGCGUUCGCGAUUAGAUACGGUCUCGGUACGUUAGUAUACGGAGGUGACCGCCGCUAG